AUGCGUUUCAAUACACUCCUUGUGGCUCUUAGUAGCCUGAUUCUCGGUAUACAUGCCUACUGGCUGGCCGAUAUUUCUCAUCAAGGUGUAGCACCUUUUGCCGGUUCAGGAUACACAGUCUUCCGCAAUGUAAAAGACUAUGGUGCCAAAGGUGAUGGAGUCACGGAUGAUACUGCUGCUAUCAAUGCUGCCAUUACAGCUGGAGGAAACCGUUGCGGACAGGGCUGUGCAUCGACAACUGAGACGCCAGCCAUAGUAUACUUCCCAGCAGGAACAUAUCUGAUUUCAUCCUCCAUCAUUCCCUACUACUUCACCCAGCUCAUUGGAGACCCAACCUCGCGGCCCGUGCUAAAGGCCACGAGUGGCUUCUCUGGCUUUGGUCUGAUCGAUGGCAACCCUUACUGGUCCUCGGACCUGAACUGGGUUUCCGUCAAUGUCUUUUACCGCCAGGUGAGGAACUUUGUCCUUGACACGACCAAUAUUGCUCCCGGUACCGCUGCAACGGGUAUGCACUGGCCAACCUCGCAAGCUACCAGCUUGCAAAACAUUGUGUUCAACAUGCCCACAACCUCGGGUGUCGUACAUGUUGGUCUGUUCAUUGAAAGUGGAUCUGGUGGUUUCAUGAGCGACUUGACUUUUAACGGAGGUGCAACUGGUGCAUCCAUGGGUAAUCAGCAAUACACAAUGAGGAACCUGGUCUUUAACAACUGCGGUACUGCCAUCAUUCAACUGUGGGACUGGGGCUGGACAUACAUUAACCUGCAGAUUAACAACUGCGGCAAGGGUAUCGACAUCUCUGCAGGAGGCUCGUCUGACCAAGAUGUCGGUUCCAUCACGGUCCUCGACAGCACUUUUGUCAACACGCCGGUUGGUAUCAUCACUGCCUACUCUUCUUCUUCACAGCCAGCCACCGCCGGCAGCAUUGUGCUCGAGAAUAUUGUGCUACAAAACGUACCUGUUGCUGUACAAGGACCCAGCGGCACUUUGCUCUCGGGCGGCUCAUCAACCAUCAGCGCCUGGAGCUCCGGACACAGGUAUACUCCCAAUGGCCCGCAAAGUGCCGUAGGAGCUAUCACGCCCAACUCGCGGCCGUCUGUUCUGCUUGGCAGCAACGGAAACUACUACCAACGAUCAAAGCCUCAGUACGAGUCGCUUGCUGCAUCUUCCUUCGUCAGUGUUCGUAGCGCUGGAGCGAAGGGUGAUGCUUCCGCAGAUGAUACUGCCGCGAUCCAAUCAGCAAUCAACAGCGCCGCGUCCGCUGGCAAGGUCGUCUUUAUCGACUAUGGUCUGUACCGCUUGACGUCGCCAAUCUCAAUCCCGCCCGGCUCCAAGAUUGUUGGUGAGGGCUACCCAGUCCUCAUGGCUACCGGAUCGUACUGGUCGGACAUUAACUCGCCCAAGCCCGUUCUCCAGGUGGGUUCGACCUCUGGGCAGUCGGGACAGGUUGAAAUGUCCGACUUUGUCGUCGGCACGCAAGGGUCGGUACCUGGAGCGGUGCUGAUUGAGUGGAACCUGGCGUCCCCGAGCGGCUCCCCCUCGGGCAUGUGGGACGUCCACACGCGCAUCGGCGGUUUCGCCGGGUCCAACUUGCAGGUUGCGCAGUGCCUCAAGAACCCCGGGUCGUCAACAGUGGUGCCGGGCUGCAUCGCGGCCUACAUGAGCAUGCACGUGACGGCGUCGGCGUCGGGCCUGUACAUGGAGAACACGUGGCUGUGGGUGGCGGACCACGACAUUGAGGACGCCUCCAACACGCAGGUCACCAUUUACGUCGGCCGCGGCCUGCUCAUUGAGUCCAAGGCCGGCCCCGUCUGGCUCGUCGGCACCGCCGUCGAGCACCACGUCCUGUACAACUACCAGUUUGUUGGCGCGUCCAACGUUUUUGGCUCAGAGUUCCAGACCGAGACGCCCUACUUUAUGCCCACCCCCAACGCCCUUGUCCCCUUUUCCGUAAACACGGCCCUGCACGAUCCCGACUUUAGUGCCAGCUGUUCCGGCGUCUCGGGCAACUGCGCCGCGACCUGGGGGCUGAGAGUCGUCGACACGAGCAAUCUUCUCGUCUACGGCGCCGGCCACUAUUCCUUCUUUUCAUCGUACAGCACUACUUGUUCGACAAUUGCGGCGGGCGAGACGUGCCAAUCUCGUAUCGUGUCUCUUGAAGGUAACAUUAGCAACGUGAACAUUUACAACCUCAACACGAUUGGAUCACUCAGCAUGAUCAAUCGGGAUGGCACGAGUCUGGCCAGCUGGUCAGAUAACGUGAAUACAUUCGCGGCCAACAUUGCCGUGUUCAAGAGUGGUUGA